UUAUAUAAUUUAUAAUUAUAUACGUAUCUUUAGGUACUAGUUGGUUGUGAUAUGAUAUAUAAUGAGCAGAGCAAGCACUAGAGAAAUCAAAGGGUUGUUGAGAUGUCAUGUAGAAACUUGUAAUAGCACAGCUUGGCAAAAAUUUGGACAUUUGGGAUUAAGAAGGAUUCUUAAAGUCGUUUGUGUAAUUUAAUAUACACAAUAUUUAUAUAUUCUUCAAGUAUAUUCAACGCAAUAGUUGUUGGGUCAUCUUCACUAUAAACAAAUUCCAACCACCAUAGCUUCUUGAAGACCCAGUUUUUCUUUUUAGGUAAAAAGCUGAAGACCCAUGUCCAGUUGGUGUUGAACUGUUGAGUUUCUUUUCAGCGACUUCGUUAUUUGGAUCUGGGUUUGUGGAAUUUGACUUGGGAUUGGACAUGGGUAUUGUUCUGAUUUAGCUUUUUGUUCUGGAAUUGGGUCAAAAGAGAAGAGCUUCAUCAUGCCUUGGAAGAACAGAGGAGUAGAGUCAGCUUCAAAGGGUGUACUGUCUCGGAAAUGGACUCUUCUACUUUGUAUUGGAUGCUUUUGCGUUGGGAUGCUCUUCUCUGACAGAAUGUCAAUACUACCUGAGGCAAAAACCAUAUCAAGGACAACAAGGGUGGAUGAUGAAAUGCAGAACUUGGUUUCAGGUUGUGAUCCCAAAAUUAAUGGAGAACGUGAAGCCAAGGACAUUUAUGGAGAAGUUUCAAGGACUCAUGAUGCUAUACAAACUCUGGAUAAGAAAAUUUCAAAUUUAGAGAUGGAACUAGCAGCUGCAAGGGCAGCUCAGGAAUCAAUCCUCAACGGCUCACCUGUGGAAGAUAAUCUAAGAGUAUCUGAAUCAAUAAGGAAAAGAAAAUAUUUGAUGGUUGUUGGGAUCAAUACUGCCUUUAGUAGCCGGAAACGAAGAGAUUCCAUUCGUGCUACUUGGAUGCCUCAAGGUGAUAAAAGAAAGAAGCUUGAGGAUGAAAAGGGCAUUAUAAUGCGGUUUGUGAUAGGUCAUAGUGCUACGUCAGGUGGUAUCCUUGAUAAAGCUGUUGAAGCAGAGGAUAGAAAGCAUGGUGAUUUUUUGAGAUUGGAGCAUGUGGAAGGUUAUCUUGAAUUGUCAGCCAAGACGAAGACAUACUUUGCCACAGCUGUUGCUUUAUGGGAUGCAGACUUCUAUGUCAAAGUUGAUGAUGAUGUACAUGUAAAUAUAGCAACCCUUGGAGCAACUUUGGCUACACAUCGAGACAAAUCUAGAAUCUAUAUUGGUUGUAUGAAAUCUGGGCCGGUCCUUGCUCAAAAAGGAGUCAGAUACCAUGAACCUGAACACUGGAAGUUCGGCGAGGAUGGUAACAAGUAUUUCCGCCAUGCCACUGGCCAGCUAUAUGCUGUCUCGAAAGACUUAGCUACUUAUAUAUCAAUUAACCAGCAUGUGCUACACAGAUAUGCAAAUGAGGAUGUUUCUCUGGGAUCAUGGUUUAUUGGAUUGGACGUGGAGCAUAUUGACGACCGGAGAUUAUGCUGUGGAACACCACCUGAUUGUGAGUGGAAGGCUCAAGCAGGCAACGUCUGUGUUGCUUCCUUUGACUGGAGCUGCAGUGGGAUUUGUAGAUCAGUGGAGAGGAUGAAGGAGGUCCACCGGCGAUGCGGUGAAGGCGAGAAUGCCUUGUGGAGUGCAGAAUUUUGAAGUGAAGUCUUUUUCCUCCCUUCCUUCCUAUACAACUCAGGAAGAAGGAUUGCCCAAGCUGCUCCUGAACUUGUUUUGUAACACGUCCGUACAGAUACAUACAUGUUUUUGUACAACUUACAAGUGUAAAAUGAAAACUAAAAAAGCUAGAAAGGGUUGAUGUUCCUUUGGGGAUUUCUGCUCCAUUUUAGAUGAGGAGAAACACCCAAAAAGCGAAAUCCUCAAAGAAGAAGAGUUGCAUUGUAGUAAAAACAAUUCAUUCUUUUUUUCAAGUGUUUGGGAAGAGACAUUUUGUCAGUCUGCCAUGGCAUGGCUGAUGAAGGUCCACAAACACAAUAAUUGCCACCAUUUGCGUGUCCUUUGUUCUUUAAUUUAAAAGAGGAAAAAAAAAAAGCGGAUCUAACUCUUUA